AUGAUGCAAAAGUACUUGGAUGCUAUGGAAAUUUGCAAGUUUGUUGGAUAUCUCGAUUUAUUCAUAACGGUGACUUGUAAUCCAAACUGUCCUGAGAUUUACAGGUGUUUGCACGAUAAAGCUCUUAAUGCUGAAGACAGAUCAGAUAUUAUCUCUAGAUUAUUCAAGUGUAAAUUGGAUCAUCUUAUAAAAGAUUUCAAGAAACAUAAAUUCUUUGGUGAUAUACAAGCAGCCCACUAUACAAAAAUUUCAGUUAUGUAUACAGUGGAAUUUCAGAAGUGUGGACUCCCACGUGCUCACAUAUGUUUGUUCUUGGGUGCUGAAAGCAAAUUUCCAAAUGCAUCUGAUAUUGAUCGUGUUAUUACUGCUAAGAUACCAGAUAAAGAAAGAGAUCCUGAAUUAUAUGAGCUUGUCAUGCAGUUUAUGAUUCAUGGACCAUGUGUUACAGAUAACCCACUUUGCCCAUGUAUGGUUCAGCAAAAAUGUUCUAAAAAGUUUCCCAAAAAAUAUGUAGAUGAGACUUGUGUUGAUUCUGAAGGAUAUCCUGUCUAUCGUCGCCGUCAAACAAGUAAUACGGUAGUAAAGAAUGGUGUGACACUUGAUAAUAGAUUAUGCUCUCCUGCUCAGAAAGGGCCUGAUAGAGUCGCUGCUUCUGUUUUUCAAGCGAAUAGCACCAAGAAUAAUACGGAACAGAAUGUAGCUGUAGAUGAGAUAAAAGCAUACCUUGAUUGUAGAUAUAUCUCUGCUUGUGAAGCUGCUUGGAGAAUAUUCAUGUAUGAUAUACAUUAUAGAUAUCCAGCUGUUGAAGUAUUACAUUUUCAUUGUGAAGAUGGUCAGAGUAUUGUGUAUAACGAUCAUGAUAAUUUGUGUGUUAUUGUUACUGAUCCAACUGUGAAAAUGACAAUGUUUACAGAGUGGAUGAAUUGUAAUAAAGUCGAUGAAUUUGCCAGGACAUUGAGGUAUGUUCAUUUUCCGGGAUAUUAUGUAUGGAAUCCUAAAAAUCGCAAAUGGAAUCGAAGAAAGCAUCCGUAUGGAUCAAUUGGGAGGGUUUUUCAAACAUUUAAAGAUGCAUGUUUUGCCCGGGGGCUGUUGGAUGAUGAUAAAGAAUAUGUUAAUGCUGUCAAAGAAGCUAGCACAUGGUCAACUGGAGAUUUCUUGAGGACCUUUCUUGUAAUGUUGUUGCUGUCAAAUUCGAUAUCUCGUCCUGGUGUUUUUUGGUUAGAAACGAAGUCCCUGUUAUGUGAAGACAUUCUGUAUCAGCAACGAAAGAUAACUGGUAUUGCAGAUUUGGAUCUUCAACAUGAACUUGAAAAUAUCUGUCUAUCCGAAAUUGAAAAGUUGCUACUUACCAAUGGAAGUACAGUGAGAAAUUUUGAUGAUAUGCUUAGUGUUCUAGAAAAUUAUGUUUCAUUGUCGGACAAUCGAUUGAUAAUGAAAGAAUUAUCGUAUGACAGACUAGCUCUUCAAAGGGAACAUGAUCAUUAUGUGAAGUGUUUAACUGCCGAACAGGAAAGGAUAUAUAAAAUUGUUAUGGAAGCGAUUGAAAAAGGUGAUGGAGGUGUGUUUUUUGUAUAUGGUUAUGGUGGAACUGGAAAGACGUUUUUUUUGGAAGACAUUCUCAGCUACAUUACGAUCAAAAGGUGA